AUGCCCCAAUCCAACUCAUCAGUCAACAGCCCACAAAAGAGCAAGCAGAAGAAAUUAACUGAGGAAGAGGUGCUGGUCUUAAAAUCCCACCUAGAAAAAUGGAAGGAAACUACUGCCAACAAUAGAAAAAAGAUUCUGAAGGCAGUUAUAAAAAAGGCAAAGGUGCAUGCCUUUGCCAUGGAUGACCAGUCACUGAAGAACAGAAAAUAUAUGUACCGGGACUGGUUAUAUAACCAGAGACCCGAAAAGACUCGAAAAAAGGCCAGCAAGUUGGGUCAGAAAUGGACUUCCCGGUUGGUCAUAGAACAACUGCUCAAGGAGGAGAUCAUUGAAAAGACCGGAACGAUACCAGGAUUGAAGAGAUUUAUUGAAAAAUAUCAGACAACACUCACUACAGUCAUGGCAAGUCUAUUUAAAGAGGAGUUAGAAGAAGCUCAGAACACUGCAAUUGAGUGGUCUGCCAAGGCUCCUCCUGCAGCCGUCCAGGUGGACUUUGCAAAGAAGAAAGCACCCAUUUUGAUGAAGGACCUGGCAUCCAAGUUGUGGAAGCAGGCUGGUAUGAGAAUUUUUAUAUUAUUAGCAUGGAAAGAGGAAGACAAAGUGCAGAUCAAUGAAAUUGACUUCAAUGAAAAGUUGGAGGACAAUAGUUUUACUGAUACAAAGGACUGGAAGCCCAUGUUAUCAGAGUGGAAUGCCUAUGCUGGAGAAGAGUUCGGGAGCAUCUGUUUGACAAUCUUGCAUCAUUCAGUCAAGUACUUAUGCGACAUGGGGUGA